AGCCACCCAUGCACCAUGAAGACCCCGAGGGAGAGUUCGCCGCCCCACUGCCCCAAGAAAUCGCCGCCUUUCCCCCGGCUCUCUUCCUAUCUGAUCGACAGCAUCUUGGGACGCAGCAGUCCACCCAUCAAACGUGAGGGUGUCCCUUCCUGUGUUGCACGGACGGGCAAGGAGCCCGAAGGAGAGGCUGCCUCUCUUCGACUGAAGAUGGGGAGUAAACCUUCUGAAAGGUUGGAAGUUGAGGGACAAUCCGAAGUGGGGAGGGUUUGCGGAUUGGAAUGGUAUCAGCUGAGUCGUUCCAAACGAGAGGAAGCCAGCAGAGGUGAGCCUGAGAAAUGGUUUAAUGAACUUGCUUCAAGCGAAAGCGAUGCGAGCUCCGGUUUGAUGAGUGGACCAGACCAAGUGAAACCUCCGCGAACAGACAGAGAGGACAAUGCAGGGAGUUGUGGGGACAGAGAGGCAUCGGCGGACAACCAAAUCCUGGAACAGAGAGGAAGGGAGGACCAACCGAGUGAGGACACGGUGCAGAAAGACAGUACCAGAGAGAACCGGACCCUUCAGUAUUAUUCUUGUACCGGGGACCAGGAGCACAGCUCAUUCAAGCGCAAACAGCGCCGCUACAGAACCACUUUCACCAACUUCCAGCUGGAGGAACUGGAGAGGGCUUUCAGGAAAACACACUACCCCGAUGUCUUCACAAGGGAGGACUUGGCCAUGCGACUGGAUUUAACCGAAGCCAGGGUGCAGGUUUGGUUUCAAAACCGUCGAGCCAAGUGGAGGAAGCGGGAGAAGGCCGGAAACCUGAGCCAUCCUCACGCUCUGUCCUUGGCCAGUCCCCUGGGGCUGUACUUGGAUGUACCAGUGGGCCAUUCUUCUGGCGUGGAGCCCAGCUGGAGGUCAGCGGCCAUCCCACCGUUCACUGCUCCAGCAACUGCGAACGCCUAUAACCCUGCAGCCCAGCUAGGUAUCAGCACUUUCAUCGGGACCACUUUCUUCAGACACCCGUUGCUCAGCCCACACUUCGGGAGAUUUUUUACGGUGAACCCGCUGAUGGCAGCCUCGCUGGUUGUAAAGCCUUCGAUUCCCAACCUGGACUCCGGUGUGUUUCCAGCCCAGCCGCAGUCGGCUGCCUUAGACAGGAAAUCCUCCAGCAUCGCCAGUCUGAGACUCAGAGCGAAAGAACACGCGGCACCGAGUCCCCCAGUCGCUCUGCUCCCGAACCUGGCAAGUGCGGGGAAAGAGGUGUGUUGAGAGACAUUGCAGCCACCUCCUCACCACCUCCCACCUCCCCUCCAAAUCCCCAUCCAGUCAACCCCCAAUUAAAGGGCCUGGCGGUCACCGAGCACAUAACUGUACCCCGCUCAGCAGCAGAUCAGAGGCAGCUGAAGAGAAAACAACGUUUGGAACCCAAGUGAAGCGUGAUUUUGGGGGCGAAACUCUUGUUUCCGGAGAGCUGGCGCCCAUGAAAUGGAUGAAAUUUUGGUCGGCGGGGCAAACAAAACAACAAAAGAAAGUCACUCGCCCUUUUGUGACAAACCUGCCUUGUGCUGUCAACAUUUUAUUGUAAACAAACAAAACCAAAGCCAAACAAGUGUCAUGUGCUACGCCACCGCUUUCCUCCUAAAAAAAACUGCUACA